AACACCAACGUUAUACAUGGCAAUUCUCUGCGCGCCAUUUCCAUUUCUUUUACUAAGAUCCUCGUCCAAGUCCACGUUAAACAUAUUAUUCACAAACCCAACAAGAAGAAUUCGGUUCCCAACGAUGAACCUAUGCGCCAAAUCCGAACCUUUCUCGGCCUCUUCCUCUUCGUCAUCGUUCCUAGUGCCAGAGCAAGAUGCUAACGACAUGGACCGUGUAGCCGACAACACAUUUCAAAGGUACACGUCCAACACCAAGAGGAGUGGCAAGGGAACAGCCAUUGUGUGGUUCAGAAACGAUCUCAGAGUAUUGGAUAAUGAGGCUCUCUUUAAGGCAUGGCUUUCCUCCGAAAUUGUGUUACCUGUCUAUUGUGUUGAUCCUCGACUCUUUGCCACCACUUAUCAUUUUGGGUUUCCAAAAACCGGGGCAUUGAGAGCGCAAUUUCUCCUUGAAUGCUUGGCUGACUUGAGGAAGAAUUUGAUUAAAAAAGGGCUUAAUUUGCUCAUACGACAUGGCAAACCUGAGGACAUUCUUCCUUCUCUUGCAAAAGCUUUUGGAGCUCAUACAGUGUAUGCGCAGAAAGAAACAUGCAGUGAGGAGCUGAAUGUUGAAAGCUUAGUCAGCAAAGGUCUUCAACAAGUGGUGAUAUCUCCUGAGGAAUCCACUGGUGUGACAGUUUCAAACAAAGUUCCUAAGUUGCAGUUUAUUUGGGGUACCACAAUGUACCACCUUGAUGACCUCCCUUUUGAUGACACUUGUUUGCCAGAUGUGUAUACUCAGUUUCGUAAGAUUGUUGAAGCCAAAUGUACCAUACGCACAUGCAUCAAACUUCCAGCAUCUCUUGGACCAUCUCCCCCAAUUGAGGAUUGGGGAUGCCUUCCUUCAUUAGAGCAGCUGGGACUUUGCACACAGAAUGUUAGCAAAGGGAUGAAGUUUGUGGGGGGUGAAACUGCAGCAUUGAGCAGAGUAUAUGAGUACUUUUGGAAGAAGGAUUUGCUAAAGGUCUACAAAGAGACCAGAAAUGGAAUGUUGGGGCCUGAUUAUUCUACCAAAUUCUCACCCUGGCUUGCCUCAGGAAGCUUGUCUCCUCGUUUCAUACAUGAAGAGGUGCAGAGAUACGAGAAUGAAAGACUAGCAAAUAGUUCUACCUAUUGGGUUUUGUUCGAGUUGAUAUGGAGAGAUUACUUUAGGUUCUUAUCUCUGAAAUAUGGGAAUUCACUUUUCCAUUUAGGUGGCCCUAGGAAAGUUCAGCACAAUCGGAGCCAAGACAAGAAUUUGUUUGAAUCUUGGAGAGAUGGUUGUACGGGGUAUCCUCUAAUAGAUGCCAACAUGAAAGAACUAUCAACUACUGGGUUUAUGUCAAAUCGAGGACGCCAGAUUGUGUGUUCCUUUCUUGUUCGAGAUAUGGGCAUAGAUUGGCGCAUGGGGGCAGAAUGGUUUGAGACGUGUCUUUUGGAUUAUGAUCCGUGCUCUAAUUAUGGAAACUGGACUUAUGGAUCAGGAGUUGGGAAUGAUCCCAGAGAAGAUCGUUAUUUCAGCAUCCCAAAACAAGCACAAACAUAUGACCCUGAAGGUGAAUAUGUUGCAUACUGGUUGCCACAGUUACGAAAAAUUCCAAAAGAUAAAAGGAAUUUUCCUGGAAAUUUAUACAUUCGUCAAAUCGUGCCUCUUAAGUUUGGAACAACUAGUAGACAACAUAAUGAGGACAAAUCCCUUGGUGCAAGAAGAGCCAAUGACAGAGGAAGUGAAAGAAGAUGGAAUAUGAGAUAAAUUUGGAGAAGAACAUUGCAGCUCUUAUCAUUAUAAAUUCCACUUGUGCAUUCCUUCCUCCAAUGGGAUGUGGAAAUCUCAUGAAUGAUAGCAUGGCGUGUCGCGUGGUAGCAGGAGCUUCGCUCGAGUGACAAUUUAAAUUCAUUCUUCUUGAUGCUUUUUCUUUUUCUUUGUAGAGAAGGUUUGAUCCAGUUUCAAUCCUCAUUGUAAUAUUCCAAUGGUCAAAGAAGUUUUUUAUAUAACAAAUAAAUGUAUUCUUUAUAUAAAUAAUAAGUAAAUAUUUUGUUG